GGCCAAGUCGGCAGUGCGCGUCCUCGAGCCGCGCGCGCCCCACGCCUUCCUCCCCUGGGUCCCCCGCGCGCGCGCACCGCCGCCCACCCCGCCGUCGCCGUCGCCCCUCCGAAAGCCCGCGGCUCCCGCCAUGUCUUCGCCUCCAGAAGGGAAGCUGGAGACCAAAGCCGGACACCCGCCCGCCGUGAAGGCUGGUGGAAUGCGGAUUGUGCAGAAACACCCACAUACGGGAGACGGGAAGGAAGAGAAGGACAAAGACGAGCAAGAAUGGGAAAGCACCAGCCCGCCUAAACCAACGGUGUUCAUCUCUGGUGUUAUGGCUCGGGGUGACAAAGACUUCCCCCCGGCGGCUGCACAGGUGGCCCACCAGAAGCCGCAUGCAUCCAUGGACAAACAUGUUUCUCCAAGAACACAGCACAUCCAGCAGCCCCGCAAGUGACCGGCACCCAGACCCCGGCACCCUCUGCAGCAGCACCCAGACCCAUCUCCCAUGAUGCUCCCCCAACCAAAGGAACGUGCACUUUCCAAGCGGUUUACCAAGUUCAGAAACCCAAUACAAAGUGAACCCCCAUUGUCUCUGAUCCCGUAUUUAAAACUAGAGGAGGCUCAAACUCGAAACUUUGUUUCUAAGAGUCCUAAUUGUGUGUCACUGAAGAGUCAUUGUACCCCCCCCUCCCAGAAGUGCCAUUAGCAGGACUUGGCAAGUCCUGAGGAAGCUCUUCAUACCAGCAAUCACUCAAAGUCCUUACUCUUGGUCCUAAAAGGAAGCCAUUUUGGGGUGAUUGAUAAAGUUAGAAGAACAAAACACUAGGAUAUGGCUUUUAUAAAUUGUGCUUACUUCCUACCCUAGGAUACCCUGGGUUUCCCCCUGCCCCCCCCACUCCCAUCUGCAGUUCAUGGCUGCAGAAUUCCUGCUUUUCUGAAAAAAAAAAUCAAAUCAAAGGGCUCCCUUUAGCCAGAUGUAGAACCUUCUAGAGUGCUGCUCAUGGAGAAUGCUCCUGCAUGGCCCAGUGACCUGCAGUGGAGUCAGCUGCAGGCCACAGUGACUCUGUGAGCAGUGUCGGCACCACCGGCUGGCCUGGCACUGCUCACCAGGCCUGUGCCAUUUCACUGAAGGAGACGUGGGCUUCUUGAAUCUUAUAAGCAAUUUGGUGCCUCAGCAGUGGAGUUAACAUGGAGCAGAGACACAAACGUCCAGACCCUGUCUUGUCAGUCUCUUCCUUCUUAAUUUCUGAAAUGGCAUGAACCAAGGGUCAUGUUAGAGGCCGGGGCUUGGCUACAACGCUGCCAUGGAACCCCCAGCCUUGCUCUGUCGUAUGGAACCAAAUAUAGUAAAGAACCUUAGAGCAGGCAACACCAGGUCCCCGUGCAGACCUUUCCACCUUCUGUGGCAUAAAUCCUGAAGCACCCCGAGGGGCCACCCCGUGUUCCUUGUACGCUGAGCUAGCUCUGGUGUGCAUCUGGGGGCUCUAGGUCACUGAAUGUGACACGUUUCCCUAAAUGAAUUUCUUAAUCGUUGGCAUUGAGAAUAUGUUGAUUAUAAUAAAGCUCCUGCAUUGUG